UACUUCUCUGCUUUCUCACGCAUCCUUCCGAAAAUGAAAAAAAAAACUCCAAAUCAUCAAACCCAUCAAUUUUGUUCUCUGUAAAAAACCCCCAAAAAAUCCAAAUUUCAAGAGAAAAAAGCUUCCCCCGAGUACUCUUCAGUCUCAGUCACUUUGUCAGGGUAGAAGAGCAAGAAGAAGAAGAACUUCCCACAACACCCUUUUCGUCUUUUUCGAUUUCAUUCUCUGAUUCAUUCAUUAUUUCAUUCACUCAUAGCUUCAGCUUUUCUGGGUUUCGUUUCGUUUCGUUUCGUUUCCUUUCCCUUUUCGGUGAUGUUACUACUCCGCUUUGGUCAUUGUUCUUUGUUGGAACCAACAAUUUGCACUUCGCUUUUGCAUCGUCUCUGCUUCUGCUUCUUACCUACGCUCAUUUCGGGAAUGGUUUCUUCGGCGUUUUGAUCCAAAUCUAACAGAUCUGACGCGUCGGUGAUGUCGGUACCUGCGGCUUCCGUUACCGCAGGUAUAUUGGAACAGGUCUCUUACCGGUUUCCUAAACAGUUGAUUUUAUUGUGGUUUGUGAUUUCCGUAACCAAUGCCGAUGUCCCCGGCGUACCACCGGCACCUUUGGUUGCACCUGCUAGUCGCGAUAUGCCUCUACCUGCGAAAUUGCCUCUUCACCAACACCAUAACCGAAAAUAUAUGUCACCACAGAGUGCGCCAGAAGCUGGACUAGCACCCUCAUCUCCUCCUUACUAUGGGCACCUUAUCACUUCUGGUCACCCACCCACAAGUUCAAAUUUUUCCAAACCACUGAUGAAGAGUGGAUCAGCUCCUCCUGAUGGUAGGCUUGAAAACAUCGCUCCCAUACAGUCCAGUGCUGGUGCUAUUCCCUCUGGCUUACCUCAACCACCGCUUUCCCCUAUUGCAGCAGCAGACUGUUGCAAACCUGACAUGGUGCUAAAACGAGGAAGUGAUGAUGACUGCCAUUGUGUCUAUCCCAUAAAAAUUGAUCUCCUCCUCUUGAACGUAUCACAGAAUCCUAACUGGAAACUUUUUCUUGAAGAGUUAGCUUCUGAACUUGGUUUACGAGUCUCUCAGAUUGAGCUGAUAAACUUUUAUGUACUUAGUUUAUCGAGGUUAAAUAUCUCAAUGGACAUUACUCCCCAUGCUGGGAUCAGCUUUUCUGCAGUUGAUGCAUCUGCAAUAAACUCUUCACUUACAUUGCAUAAAGUUCGUCUGGACCCUACACUAGUUGGUGAUUACAAUCUUCUCAAUAUUACCUGGUUUAAGCCUCCACCUCCUUCUCAAGCUCCUAUAGCUUCUGCAUCACCUGCAGCAGCUCCUGAAUAUCAUUUUCCAGCUUCAACAUCACUGAGUUCUCCUAGUAAAGCACACCGUUCUAAUAUGACACUUAUUCUUGGUGUUGGCGCUGGUUUUUUGUUCAUUGCCAUUCUAUUUGUGUUGAUAAUUUGCUUAUGCACAUCUCAUCGUGGGAAGACUGAAGCACCUCCAUUAAUAACUGAAAAACCAAGGGUUGAGGACAAAGUGCCUGUGGCAGGAUCUUUCCCUCAUCCAUCAAGUAUGAGAUUUCUAACUUAUGAAGAGCUUAAAGAAGCAACUAAUAACUUCGAAGCAGCCAGCAUUCUUGGGGAGGGCGGGUUUGGCAAGGUUUUUAAGGGUGUCUUAAGUGACGGCACAGCUGUUGCAAUCAAGAGGCUUACAAGUGGAGGGCAACAAGGCGACAAGGAGUUUUUGGUUGAGGUGGAGAUGCUUAGCCGGUUGCAUCAUCGAAAUCUCGUUAAACUUGUUGGCUACUACAGCAAUCGUGACUCUUCACAAAACCUGUUAUGCUAUGAACUUGUUCCAAAUGGAAGCUUGGAGGCCUGGCUCCAUGGUCCUUUGGGUGUUAAUUGUCCUUUGGAUUGGGACACCAGGAUGAAAAUUGCACUGGAUGCUGCCCGAGGGCUUGCUUACCUUCACGAAGAUUCACAACCUUGUGUCAUACACAGAGACUUUAAGGCCUCAAAUAUAUUGCUAGAGAACAAUUUCCAUGCCAAAGUUGCCGACUUUGGUCUUGCUAAACAAGCUCCGGAAGGCAGAGCCAAUUACCUUUCUACUCGUGUGAUGGGCACAUUUGGAUAUGUCGCCCCUGAGUAUGCAAUGACUGGCCAUCUACUUGUUAAAAGUGAUGUUUAUAGCUAUGGAGUUGUACUUCUCGAGUUGCUCACCGGAAGGAAACCUGUAGAUAUGUCACAACCAUCGGGACAGGAGAACCUGGUCACAUGGGCGAGGCCAAUUUUGAGAGACAAGGAUCGGUUAGAAGAACUUGCUGAUCCACGACUUGGAGGAAAGUAUCCGAAGGAAGAUUUUGUGCGGGUAUGUACCAUUGCUGCAGCCUGUGUUGCUCCGGAGGCUGGCCAACGUCCAACUAUGGGUGAAGUUGUACAGUCUCUUAAAAUGGUGCAGCGUGUAACAGAAUACCAAGACUCCAUGGUACCAUCCUCCAAUAACCGAACCAAUCUUAGACAGUCGUCCACAACUUUUGAGUCCGAUGGAUCCUCUUCAAUGUUCUCUUCUGGUCCUUACUCUGGUUUAAGUGCUUUUGACAAUGACAAUGUAUCUCGAACAGCAAUUUUCUCUGAAGAUCUACAUGAGGGACGAUGAGAGUCUUUCAAAGCAAGGUAACUAGGAAUCUCCCGGCGAGUUGGUAGAAUCCCCCGCCAUCUCUACCCCACCUUUUUUUUUUGGUUUGGCAUCCUAUUUAGAGAGAGGGUGAAGCUGGAGGAUUUUAGGUAACGUUGAAAGUAUGUGGUGGUGUGAUCUUUUUGGGGACUUUGUAAUGGUGAUUGGUGGGAGAAGGAAGGGGUGUUAAUUUCUUCAGACUUCCUGCUCAUUGUGGAGAACUGCUGUUUCAAUUUUUCCAUGGCAGUGUUGUUUAUUCUCAAUGUGGUGCAUAGAUUUUGUAAAUAUAUGUUCUUGUAGCCUGUUCAAUGGGGAAUGGCCCUGAAAGGAUUUUUGUUAAUGAUUCCUCCUCUUGGCUUUAAAUUUA